UUUAAGAAUAUAGAGAUAAAAGAUAGAAUGAACUCUAUGAUGGGACAACAACCUCAGACAAGAGGUGAGACAUUGUUUAGGGAUCAACAGUACUUCCAGAAACAGAUCGAGAUUAAGACCAAUCAGAUGUUGGACAACUAUCACUCAAUCAUAAAGAUAGCAAAGGUCAAUGAGAAUGCACAGAACUCAUCAGAGAUAUACGAAAUGGAGACUCGUACAACUAAUAUAUUAAACUCUGCAGAAGCACUGUUAAAGAUUGUAGAAGAGUUGAAACAGAAUAUAAUAUUGAAUGACUUUGUUAAUAUGACUGAAGAGGUCAGGCUACAGAGUCUUGUUUAUCAGAAACAGAAUGCAAAGUCAACAAAGUCAAUCAAGGCCAUCUCUGAGGAUAUAUCACGAUCAAUUCUAGAGUUGGAGAAUGAAUAUUACAACUCUGAGUAUAAGCAACCUCCUUCCUCUUCAUCCUCUUCAUCCUCAUCAUCCUCAUCAACAUCAUCCUUCCCCUUUCAAUCGAUUCAAUCAUCUUCUCGC